CUACCUAAAAAAGGGCGCCGUUUGGCUCCUUCAUCCCGUCGUUUCGCCCUUCUGGCCAUCGUUUCUCCGGGAGCUCGCCUGCGAACCGCAGCGCGAAUGGAGCUCUCCCUCCCUUCUCAUCUCGCCUCCUGCAAUCCCACUCCCUCGGCUCAGCUACCGAAGGCCGUCGCUAGGGUUUCUCCGGUGAGCCUCUCCGGCGGCGCCUCUCGUAUCCGCCUCUUCUCCGGCAAGGGCCGCCGCUCCAUGGAAGACGCUCCCGCCCGGAGUCCCGUUGUCUCGUGCUCCUCCUCUCUCCAGAACAACGGAACUCCUGCCCCGGCAGCGCCUGCGAUCGGCACCGGUAGCCGGAUUGGGGAGGUGAAAAGGGUUACGAAGGAGACGAAUGUGGCUGUGAAGAUUAACUUGGACGGCACGGGGGUCGCCGAUAGCAGCACUGGCAUUCCCUUUCUCGAUCACAUGUUGGAUCAACUUGCUUCGCAUGGACUGUUCAAUGUUCACGUAAGGGCAACUGGUGACAUUCACAUUGACGAUCAUCACACAAAUGAAGAUGUUGCUCUUGCCAUUGGAACAGCUUUGCUGCAAGCACUUGGUGACAGAAAAGGGAUACACCGGUUCGGUGACUUUUCAGCUCCUCUGGAUGAAGCACUCAUUCAUGUUGCACUGGAUUUAUCUGGCCGACCACAUUUAAGUUUUGAUUUGCAAAUACCAACACAGAGGGUUGGAACAUAUGACACUCAGCUGGUGGAGCACUUUUUCCAGUCUUUGGUGAAUACUUCUGGCAUGACACUUCACAUAAGGCAGCUAGCUGGAAAAAACUCACACCAUAUUAUUGAGGCAACAUUUAAAGCCUUCGCAAGAGCUCUUAGACAAGCUACAGAAUAUGACUUACGGCGCCAAGGGACCAUUCCAAGCUCGAAAGGGGUGCUAUCACGUACUUGAUGAGGACAAUCCUUUCAUUGAACUGAAGCUGGAUUUGGGUAGCCCUUAAGAAGCAAGCAUUGUUUGAUCGAUUGGGAUUGUCAAAGAUUUCUCAAUGUACUGCUGAAGCAACAGAAACAAGAAACAAGAACCAGACGUUUUUUUUUUGGUCAGAAAAAGGAAACGACUUCCAUUACUGGGAAAAAGUAGGUGGAUACACUUCGUUUGCUUCAGAACAUAGAAGCUCUAAGAGAGCUGGAGGUGGUUGAAUAACCCAAUUUUGUGAUAAUUUGUUUUUUCUCUGGGCUCUAAUAAUCCAGUCAGCAAUCCUAUUAGACCCUCUU